AUGUCCGGCCAACUUAAGAAAAGAGGACAGAAGAAAACAGGCACAAAUACACCACCAGUUGCUGCAGUUGGUGGUGUUUCCAGUAGGCCCAUUGGAGCUUCUGAUUUCGAUGAGUUGGAAGAUUUUGAAAAACCUUCGUCGAUUGUGGAACUUGAUCAAGAGAGGAAAUAUUACAUUGCGUGCACUGUUAUCACACUUGUGGCCACAUACCUUCGUUUCAGCAACAUCUCGUACCCGGCCAAGGUGGUCUUCGAUGAAGUGCAUUUUGGGAAAUUCGCUUCGUACUACUUGGAAGGUACAUACUUCUUUGAUCUUCACCCUCCAUUCGCCAAGUUAUUGAUUGCGUUUGUUGGUUAUUUGGUUGGCUACGACGGUAAAUUCAAGUUUGACAAUAUCGGUGACAACUUUAGCGACCACCCUGAUGUUCCAUACGUUGCUUACCGUGCCUUGUCUGCCCUCCAAGGUACCGCCGUGGUGCCACUUUUGUUUUGGACUUUGAAGACCUUGAAUUUCUCAGUGCCAGCUUGUGUUUUGGCAAGUGCCAUUGUCUGUUUUGAUAACGCUCAUGUCAUUGACUCCAGAUUGAUUUUAUUGGAUUCCACAUUGAUCUUGUCUGUAGCAUUGACCAUUUUCACUUAUGUCAAGUUCUCCACUUUCAGAAGACAACCAUUCAGCAAGAACUGGUGGAUCUGGCUCUAUGCUACCGGGGUUUCCUUAUCAUGCGUGAUUUCCACCAAAUAUGUCGGUGUAUUCACUUAUGUUACUAUUGGUAUUGGUGUGUUGCAUGAAUUGUGGAUCUUGUUGGACUAUGAAAAGAAAAUCCCAAUGCAAGACUUGAUUCACCACUUCUUAGCAAGAUUGUGGGCUUUAAUUGCAGUUCCAUUUGCCAUUUACUUGUUCUGGUUCUACUUGCAUUUCAAUAUCUUGACUAAAUCUGGUCCAGGUGACACGUUUAUGUCUUUAGAAUUCCAGGAAACAUUACUCGAGUCCCCAUUAGCCAAGGAGUCGAAACCCGUCUACUAUUGGGAUGAAAUCACUUUAAACCAUAGACAGACUGAAGCUUACUUACAUUCUCAUACUGAUACUUACCCAUUACGUUACGAAGAUGGUAGAAUUUCAUCGCAAGGACAACAAAUUACGUGUGUUUUCAAUAAGGACAACAAUGAACCAAAUGAUGCUAACAAUUGGUGGCAGAUUAUUCCUCAAGACACUGAAAAGAAACCGUUUUCAAAUACAACAAGACACAAGGUUUUCACCGAAGACAUCGUCAGAUUUAGACAUGUUCAGACUGGUGGAUACCUUUUGGCACAUGAUGUUGCAUCCCCAUUAAAGGCUACUCACGAAGAAUUUACUGCAGUCUACGAUGACGUUGCUAAUGAAAGAUUCAAUGAAACCUUGUUCAAGUUGAAAUUCACUGACAAGACCAAGGCUUCUUCAAACAGCAACAAGAGAAUAGAAAUUAAGAGUAGAGCAACUACUUUUAAGGUAAUUCAUGUCGAUACCGUGGUUGCCAUGUGGUCUCACGACGACGACUUCUUACCUGAUUGGGGUUACCAUCACCAAGAAGUUAGUGGUAAUAAGAAGGUUCAAGAUGCAGACGUUGCAUGGAGAUUCAAUGAAAUCAAAUUCAAUAAAGACGACGAAAGAGCUAAAUUCGUACCAAAGGCAGUUACCAAGUUACCAUUCUUGAAAAAGUGGUGGGAAUUACAGUUUUUGAUGUUCCACCACAAUAACCAGUUAUCAUCCGAUCAUCCAUUUGCUUCCCAACCGGAUUCAUGGCCAUUGGCUGUCUCUGGUGUAUCAUUCUGGAACGACAACGACUUGAAAAGACAAAUCUUCUUCAUUGGUAACAUUAUUGGAUUCUGGGUAGAAGUUGGAUUUUUGGCUAUCUACGUUGGUUUAUUGUUGGCUGAUCAAGUCACCAGAAGACGUGGUGUUUUCAUUUUGAAUGAUAAAGCCAGAUCUAGAUUGUACAACACUUGUGGAUUCUUUUUCGCUGGGUGGUGUGCACAUUACUUACCAUUCUUCCUUAUGAAUAGACAAAAAUUUUUGCACCACUACCUUCCAGCUCAUCUUAUUGCUGCAUUAUUUACAGGUUCUAUUGCUGAAUUCAUCUGUACCAAUAACACCAAGGGUAAAGGAGCAUCUCACGUCAACAAGGUCAAGAUUGGUGUCUUAGUCGGCUCAAUCAUAAUUGGACUUGGUGGAUUUUUCUUUUACUUCCGUGCAAUCACCUACGGGGAUGUUACUGUUCCGCCUGAAGAGCUUAUCAAGAGAGAAUGGUUGGAUAUCAAAUUACAUUACACCAAAUAA